AUGGACGUGAGGAUAGGCUUGCUGGGGGGUGCUUUGCAAACACAUGUUGAUCAAGCUCGACGUAGGAUACAAAUCUCCCUCCACCAGUGGUCCAGACCUCAACGUCUGUGUCAUGCAACCCCCAUCAAACGUGACCUCCCUCUCGAAAACAUUUGUCUGUUCAAUCGGGAUGCCCUAUAUCUCCGUCAACUCAAGUAUGCGGUCAAACGAGGAGAUGUUGGUGCAGUUCUUGACAUCACUACUCACUGGAUGCUAAUGUUUCAGGGGACGGGUAAAAUGCCAAAGUACGCAGAUGCACUUUUUCACCUUAUUAUGGAUUUAAAGAUGAUGGAUCCUCAACUUCGAAAUGCAUGGCUAAUGAAUUGGUUGGCAAAUCUCACUGGAAAAGCAAAUGGGUUCAAAGAAGUGGAUCUCCUCCAAGAACAUCAAAACUUUUGGGCAAAGGUCCAGUCCGAGUAUCACACACCUUUCAACAGCAUCUCCCAUACCAGUCCAUCCGCUGAAACUGAUAUCAAGACCCUACACAAUUACCUUGAACAACAAAAAUUGCAAACAUACUUCCCUGGACGUGAAAAUAAUCAGCAUGCCACAGAAGCCCACGACCUUAUGGCUGUUGGUGCUAAGUAUGUGAACAAGCCUGGCGCAUUCAAGAAUUUUACCUAUAUGAAGUACAAGAUGACUAACAAUGGGUUGUCGGAAGGGGCCCUGGCUGCAGAGGAUAUUGGAGAGGAUGAUGCAAUGCUGGUUGACGAAGAGGAAGUGGCUGACUUUGAUUUAGGCUCCAAUCUGGCGCUGGAAGUGGAUGACUUGGUACUUGAUGACGAUGAAUACCCACUUGGAACCGAUAUCAAUGACUAUAUUGCGCGGACAUGA